CACCGUGCUUCACAUCAUGAUGCUGCCACCACCAUGCUUCACAUCAUGAUGCUGCCGCCACAGUGCUUCACAUCAUGAUGCUGCCACCACCAUGCUUCACAUCAUGAUGCUGCCACCACCAUGCUUCACAUCAUGAUGCUGCCGCCACAGUGCUUCACAGUGGGAUUGUGUGUUUGUGAUGAUGUGUAGCGUUUGGCAUCUCCGAAAUGUCGUGUCUAGUCUAGUGCCCCAAAAGCUCAAUUUUUUGUCUCAUCAGAACACAGAACAAAGGGUCUCUCACAUUUCUUGUGCUGAACUCUCGUCCAUAUUUUUUAUGAGCUUUUUUCAACAGUGGCUUUAUCUUUGCCACUCUCCUUUAAAGCUUUGACUGGUGAAGAACAGUUGUAUGAACAGUUUCUCCCAUCUCAGCUGCUGAAGCUCAUCACUCCUUCAGAGGAGUCAUAGGUGUCUUGGUGGCCUCCCUCACUAGUCUGUUUAUUGCACAGUCACUCAGUUUUUUGCGUAUGGCCAGUUUAUGCAUGUGCCAUCUCUUACCAUUUCCUAAAUAGGGAUUUAACUGCUCUCCAGGAGAUAUUUGGUGACUUGAAAACUCGUCUUGUAUUCAUCCCUUGACUUAUGCUUUUCAUUAACCUUUUCAUGGAGUAACCUGAAGUGUUCUUUUGUCUUCAUGGUGUAAUGAGUACUGAUUCACCAAAGACUGGACUUUCCAGAUGCAGAAACACUCUGCAAUCACUAAGAUGCAUUCACAGCACUAAAAUUUCAGUAAUUGUGCGACUUCUUGCGCCAACUGGUUGCACCUGUGUUGACUAUGGUGAGUCACUUUAAAGGGGGUGAGCCACAUAUUUUACAUUUUCUAAUUAAUCCACAUUACUUUGUAGAAAUCCAUUUUCAUUUUGACAUUUUGAAAGUGGCGUUUUUUGACCAUAAUGAAUACUUUUACUGUUCUUGUUUAAAGUAACCAAACAAUGUAACAGUAUCUGGUUGGUUAAUAUAACUUCAUAUAAACAAAAUGUUACUUAAUGCUUCUGAUUAUAGCUUGCAAGUGAUGCCUUUAUAAGACUGGGCCAAGAAAAGUGAAAUAAAGGCAGCAUUUUUUUACAGACUGGACUUAACACAUUUGCUGCCGUGACUCAUAAAUGUCCUUUAUUCUGAAGUAAAUAUUGAACUCGCAAUAUGUGCUGUACUGUUAUUUUUGCAGUCAUCGGUGUCUAAAGGAUUCUUCAAUAAUUCAGUGCUUAUUAGAAACCUCCCACAGGCAUUUCCAAGGAAGAGAGACCACAGAUGAGGGCAUCUCGGUUUGCUAUCUAAAUAAGUGGCCCUGUGAGGGUUUUUCCAGACCUGAUGAAGAGGAGUGCGAACAGCAGUAGUUAGAAUUCACCAAAAGUGCACCUCUCAGCUGUUGUUUUUACUAAAUCUGACUCACGAUGGACGUCUGAACUCCGUCGAUAAGCCACUAUGAAGCCUCUGCUUCUGAGAGCUUGAAUGAGAUAAAAAUGACGGCAAAAAAACAAGCAAUUGUAAUAAUUGAUUGAAAAGAAAUAACAAAACACAUGACACGUUUUGAAAUGAUGGUUCAGUUGCCUUUUGGGAUUUUCUGAGCAUCACUUCUUGCCCCCUUUAGGUCAUUGAAGGUCCCCCUGUAGCUGUAAUCAUGUUUUUGUUUGAUCCCAGCUCUGUAUUCGUACGACAUUGUGUCUCAGUCUUUGUCAGAGCAGAAUUUGACUAAUCAGCUUUCCUUCUUGUUCUCUCUUUUCUUUUCUUUUUACAGUCUCAACUCUUUUGGACGGCGUUAAAUGCCAAGUAUUAGAAAUGUCUGCCCUUGCCCAAGCUCUUCAAAAUUCCUGCGAUGGUAGAACAUGUUUUUGUGUGGGAGGACUGUUCUGCCAAGCAAAGCUGUUUUAGUCCUGAUUCUUUUUUUUUUUUUCUCACAAGAAAAUCUUGUUCUUGCACCACCAAAUGCUAUCUCGUGAUGGGGGCAAACAAGAAAAGGACUAAUAAGUAAAGGGCACAGCAGCUUUAGAGUGCUCACAGCCUGCAUUUAGAUGCAUUAUGCAGGUCAAACAAGGACACACGUGACAGAUCUUUUAAUUUGGUGUUAAAUUCGACGUCUGUGGAUGCAAUCACUACAUUUAGUUCCAGUAUGUGUCUCAGGGAAUACUUCACCUUCCUCAAAAUGUACAUUUUCUAGAAGAUUCCCCGUGCUUCGACAUGUCAUUUAGAGGAAAAGGCAAUGAGGGAAUUGUAAGAGAAGGGGUUUCUGGGGAGCCCCUUGAGCAUUUCUCAUCGCCAACAGCCCUCGACGCCGCCUCACCUACUUGCAGCUGGCGUGUCGCAAGCAUGAAAGCGUGGUACAGAUCUGGAAAUCACCACGAGGCGAGCGUAAAUAGUCACAACCCAGUCAUCCAUGUGGAGUUUUUGGGAUGCGCUGUCUCUUGAGGAUUAGGUCGAAACGCAGCAUCGUACGCGGCAGCUAAAAAAAGAGGAAGAGGGAAUACCCACGAUGCAAACAAACACACAAAAAGCAAUUAGUAGUUUUAACUGUGCUGUCACCACACAUGCUAUCCCCCCCCCCCCAAAAAAAAUGUAGGUGUGUGUAUGCGAGGCAAUGUGUGAAACUGUGAAUAUCCACUGAUAUGUACUGAAAUUGUGUUAUUUUUCUGGAGUUUACAAGAUUACCUUACUGGGCUUCAACUUUCCAUCAGACAUGUGACUUCCAGUCUAAUGCAACUUACCCAGAUUCUUACCAGAAGCCACAUCAGAUAGAGCUAAUUAGACAGACAGCAAGUCUCACAGUGGAUGUGUGUCAGAGAGAGAGAGAGAGAGAGAGAAAGAGAAGGAGGAGUGACAGAAAGGGAAAGAAAAGAGGGAAGAAAGACUCUCAUUACUCAUUAAGUGGUAAGCCAAGUUCUUCUCAGCACCCGUUCUGCUACAGAGACUCUCGCUCUUUCUUUUCUCUCUCUCUCUCUCACAUACACACACACACACACACACACACACACACACUCUUACACCGCACUGCACACACACUCAAAAAACACAAAGCAGAAGUGGACAAAGACACAGAGUUUCAGUCGCCACGGUUGGCUAUGGCUCAGGGCUCUGACAGCAAUGACACAAGUUACAAGUCUCCAUCACCUGGAAGCAGACCGAGCUCCUCAGACGAUGUAAAGAAGGUGAUGCGGCGGGAGAAGAACCGGAUCGCCGCUCAGAAGAGCAGGAUGAGACAAACUCAGAAAGCCGACAGCCUUCACUUGGAGAGCGAGAACCUGGAGAAGGAGAACGCCGCCCUGAGGAAGGAGGUGAAGCAGCUGACGGAGGAGGCCAAGUAUCUGUCAUCAGUGCUGAGCAGCCACGAGCCCCUGUGCACCGGCCUGGCCCCCCAGACCCCCGACCUCCUGUACCCUCCUCACCACAGCAGCUACCACCACCAGCACAUCGCUGUCCCACACUACCAGCACUGACCCGACUGACUACUGAAGACGUGCUGCGAAAAAACAGACGACUGACCUCAAUGGAGAGAGAGACUGACUGGAGAUGUGUCUUUUAAGUGUUGAUCAUUGUUUAAAAAAAAGAGAAAACCCGACCCAGGCGACAGGCCGCCAUGUCCGCCAAAACAACGAGAGCCCAACUGUAACUGUGCGGUGUUCGAAACUAUUUAUUUUGCUUUCUGCUCAUCCGUUUGCUUUUUUUUGUCCACCUGAUAAAUAUCAUGUUAAACGGCUUUUGAUGAGUAGAACUGUCAACCAGUCCAUGUUUACAUUGGGAGACAAACCUAGUGUACGUUCAGGUGACUCAGGCGAUAUUUUUGUAAAUGGCUUAUUUUAGAGCACCUUUGUCAUCCUGUCAUGUUUUUGUGUUUCACAUGUUUUUAAUGUGUUUUACUGUGUCGAUUGAAAAUGCUCAGGAGAUUUUGACAGAUUUGAUUGUGGACAAAGAGAAUGUAAAGUCAAGAUCCUAAAACAACAACAGCAGCAGCAGCAACAAAAACAAGGCUCAUAAGAACCAAAUAAGAAAUGAGUGGCAGUGAAGCAGAAACAAGGUCUUGACUUGUGCACUGGUGAUGGAGCCGAUGUGUGAGGAGAACCAGCAGAUAUAUUUAUUAAAUGUGAUGCCUUUUGGAUGAUCA